CACGUGGGGUGUGUGUUCAUUUUAGGACAGAACACAGAAGACGAAGAAGUAGUAAUAGCCUCCAUGGUCGGUACAGUUGCUUGAGUUUCCUUAUUUAUGACGUGAGUUCUACCUUCGCUGCUUUUUUCUAUUUCUAUUUCUUCUUUUUUUUUUCCCUUUCUUUUUUUUUUCUUUUUGUUUUUUCUAAAUUUUACAUCAAUCUCCUCACUUUUUCUGUUUUGGUAAUAAUUAUUCUCCUUACUUCGUUUUGACCAUCCAAACCAAAAUUUUCCAUUUAAUACCUAUUUUUUCCCCCCUCUGUUAGAUCAGUUCCCCCUCUGUUUGAUCAGUACAAUGGGUUUUCUGAAAUGGGUAUUUUUGAUUUUAGUCCUCUGUGUGUUUGGUCCCGUAACCGUCCUUUCAGAUUCAACUGUCAUCACAGAUGGGCUCUCGAAAACCCCUUCUGAGUUCCUCGAGUUUGCAAAGAAACAAGAGGUGUUUGAUUGGAUGGUGGAAAUCAGGAGGAAAAUACAUGAAAAUCCUGAACUGGGUUAUGAGGAAUUUGAGACCAGUAAGCUGAUAAGAACAGAAUUAGAGAAACUGGGUAUCCCCUAUAAGUACCCGGUAGCAAUUACCGGUGUCAUUGGCUUUAUUGGUACCGGAAAACCGCCAUUUGUUGGGAUAAGAGCUGAUAUGGAUGCUCUAGCUAUGCAGGAAUUGGUGGAGUGGGAGCAUAAGAGUAAAAUCCCAGGAAAGAUGCAUGCUUGUGGACAUGACUCACAUGUCGCAAUGCUUCUUGGUGCUGCCAAGAUCCUGAAAGAGCAUGAGAAAGAGCUACAAGGAACUGUCGUUCUUGUAUUUCAACCAGCUGAGGAAGGAGGUGGAGGGGCUAAGAAAAUUUUGGAAACUGGUGUAUUAGAUAAUGUAAAUGCAAUAUUUGGGUUGCAUGUUGCACACAACUUACCAUUAGGGGAAGUGGCAUCCAGACCAGGUCCAUCGUUGGCUGGUAGUGGUUUUUUUGAAGCAGUAAUAAGCGGCAAAGGGGGUCAUGCAGCAAUUCCUCAGCACUCAAUUGACCCAAUACUGGCGGCUUCAAAUGUGAUUGUUAGCUUACAACAUCUUGUUUCCCGUGAAGCUGAUCCACUGGACGCACAGGUAGUGACAGUAGCUAAAUUCCAAGGAGGUGGUGCGUUCAACGUCAUUCCAGAUUCUGUUACAAUUGGUGGCACUUUCCGUGCCUUUUCAAAGGAGAGCUUAUCACAGCUAAAGCAACGUAUUGAGGAGGUUAUCACAAAGCAGGCUUCUGUUCAGAGGUGCAAUGCUACUGUGGAUUUUCUCGAAAAUGAGAAACCCCUUUUCCCUCCAACCAUAAACCAUGAAGGACUGCACAAGCAUUUCCAAAAGAUAGCAGGCGAAAUGCUCAGCCUCCGAAAAGUUAAAGAAUUACAACCACUUAUGGGAUCAGAGGAUUUUGCUUUCUACCAAGAGAAAAUACCAGGAUACAUCUUCUUCCUUGGGAUGGAGGACAGGACGAUUGGAAGGCUUGAAUCAGUGCACUCACCUUUCUUCCAAAUCAAUGAAGAUGCAUUUCCUUAUGGUGCUGCACUUCACGCUUCAUUGGCUGCUGGGUAUCUGUCUGAGUUCCAUCAGGAAGUUCCUUCACAAGAAGCAAAACAAUACCACGAUGAACUGUAAUGGGUUUCUUGACCAUCUUUUAUUAGUAUUUAUUUAAACAAAGAAGUUCGAAAUCCAUUCAAUCUUUCUACCAUACCAGAUUCUUAUCCACUCUCCACAACUGUAAAUUUGACCUGUUAAUGUUAUUUAUUCUGAGAUCCUGCUUUUUCGUAUUUUCAUUUACUAUUUUAGGCUGGGUUGUUUUUAAUAUAUGACAUUGCAUCUAAUAAGAUGGAGUGGCAAUUCCAUGGUGAA